UUCAAGAUGGUGUCAUUCUGAAGAAAUUAUCCAAGACCAUUGCAUAUAAUAAACCCAAAUGAUAUUUUGAAGGCCAUUAUAUGGAACAAAUUUUAGUUUAUUUAAAAUGACAUCUAUUCAUUUCGUCGUCCAUCCGCUUCCAGGGACCGACGAUCAACUAAAUGACAGACUUCGAGAGGUAGCAGAAAAGAUCAGUCGUCAUGGAUACUCUGCGCCUCAAGCCCUUGGGUGUCUGCGGAACCUCACAGUUACUCAGUGUGUGGUUGGACCACAGUGUAUAGCCUUCCUGCUUGAGGAUGGAAGGGUCUGCCGGGUGCCAUUUGCAAUCCUCAAUGAGAGGCUUGACCUAAAUAAGCAAGAAACUUCUAAACCGCCCACAAAAGCAGUUAAGAUGGAGAGGACCAGCAGUAUCCGCAGUUCAAGUCACAUUGUAGACAGUCCUCUGGUGCUUGUACAAGACGUCAUGGGGGCUGCCUCGGACCAACCACCUGCUCGCUGGAGCACAGUUGUGUCAGGAUCAUCAGCGGUGACAACUGCACGUAACAGCACAACUGCCCAGGGUUACCGCACGAUGCAGAGAACAGUUCAUGUGAACAGUAGGGGGCGCAGGUCAGGUGUCAUUGUCGGGACACGUCCCCUUGUACCUGCAUCUGUUGUGCCUGAGGAACUGAUCAAUCAGUGUCAAGUGGUUUUACAGGGGAAGUCAAGAAACCUGAUCAUCCGAGAGUUACAGCGAACUAACUUGGAUGUGAAUCUGGCUGUGAACAACCUACUAAGUCGUGAUGAUGAGGGUGAGGGUGACGAUGAUGACAGUCAGGACUCCUACGUGCCGGACGACCUCAUCUCCCUCCUUGACAGCGGCAUGCAUCCAGAUCACCCAAGUGUGAUUAUAGACGGUGAUACCAUGUUCAGUGAGGAUAUGUUUGGGUACUCAUCCAUCAGAAGUCGGGGAUCUGGCACACGGUCUAGGAUUGGGGCUGGUUGUACAGACAGAGAAGGUGGUGAUCGUGACCGGGAACGUGAGACAAUGUUCCGUAUCCGGGACAGACGUCGUCUAGACGCAAACCUCUUACGAGAUGAGGCCCUUAAGUCACUGGAGCGUGACAAGGUGGAGGGAUUUACAGCAGAGAUUACAAAGAAACUCGCCAACCCCAAUGCCAGUCCAAUCAACCUGGGGGAUGAUGUACAGUACUGGGUUGAAAAGGAUGGCCACUGUCCUCGGUUCUCCCACAUUGCGGCCAUGCACUCAGAACUGGUUGCUGUGGGAACCAAUGGGCAGCUGUUUGGAUGGAGAUGGCUGGACGGGGAACCAUUCAAACACCCAGAGAACCCCAACAUUCACCACCCUAAAACAAUCACCCUGGGCCUACAGCAUGAGAAGAUAAUUGGGAUAUCUGCAUGCAGUGUUCGUGCCUCUGUGUUCACUGAGUCAGACAAGGUGGCUACAUGGGUGGACGAUACACUCAAUGUCGUUGCCUCGAAACUGGAGCAUGGGGCCCAGACAUUUCAGGAGUUUCUAACAGACAAGAUAACGAGCCUUCACACAUGUUCCCUGUAUACCUGUGCCAGGCUGGAGAGCGGCGCCCUCUAUUGGUGGGGAGCUAUGCCAUUUGCACAGCGGAAGAAACUGCUAGAGAGAAACAGAUCCAAGAAAAAGAAGAACAAAUCAUCUUCAGCUCAGAGUGACAUCUCCACGGGAUCACUGGUAUGCCUCCGAAAUGCUCCGAUGUACUAUGCCGGCGCUGUUGCCUUCACAACCGUGGAUGGAACACCUAAAGUGGGUCAGCUUCUUGAGUCUGCCUGGUCUCUUAACGACACAUGCCGCUUCAAGAUCAAACCCUCACAUGUCCCUGAGAGCAAGCCCGAGCGUGACUCGUCCAGUGAUUCAAAGCCAGAUAUGCCUCCACCACCAUCCCCCGCAUCAUCCACAUGCAGUGACCACAGUGGACCUGUCCUGUCUAGAAAGCGUAAGAAGGCUGCUACUCCCAGCAAGGAGAUUGAGAAACAGCGUGAUGAGGAGAACUGGCCUUUGAAAGAUGUGGUAUUUGUGGAAGAUAUCAAAACUGUCCCUGUGGGCAAAGUCCUCAAGGUGGAUGGGUCAUAUGCCGCAGUUCGGUUUCCCAGCAGCAGUAAGGAUGGCCAGGAGGACAGAGCCGGCCCAGGCAAGGAAGAUCCGACCUCUCUCUUACAGGAGUGUAGGCUUCUGAGGAAGGAUGAACUCAAUGUUGUAAAAAGCAUGAGCGCCCCAAGACUGCCCGACUGUUUCCAGAAAGUUCCGAAAAAAGUCACAAUUGUAGAGAAUGGCCAGAUAUUGGCGGUUGCAGUAGACUGCGAGGGGAUCCAUGUGAUAGCAAGGUCAGGUGUGAGGCUCAACUACCUGGUGUACAACCUGAGUUCUGGGAAGGUAGAGCGUGACUGUGUAUUCCCCACUGAGGCUCAGGCAUUCAUGGGCUCACACCGGAGUGACAUCUCUCUUCACAACCCUGGCGAUGACUCAUUUGUCCAGCUGCGGGAUGGUAACGGUGCGCUGUACCCUUUUGCCAAGGACUGUACAGAUGGGAUAAAGGAUCCCAUGUGGCUUGACAUGCCCCCUGUACGCUGCCUCGGCAUGAAAACACACUUUCUGAAAGACAUCCUAGCAACCUCACAGAAAAACAAAGCCAUGCUAUUUGUACUGGCUAUAGAGCACCAGUCAUUGUUGCCGCACAUUCUGCGAUGUGACAUGGAGAAAGUCAAGGCCAUUCUAGCUUCACUUGAACAGGAAGGGAGCCAGAAGCUUCUUCCUGAAGUACUGCAAGAGCACUGUGAUGGGAACCGGAACCUACUGCAUACAUGUGUUGCCAUGUGUAUACCCCUGUCAAACAAGGAACCUGAAAAACCUGUGGACGGGACUGCGUCUGCAGGUGUGAGUACAACAUCUGCUAGCGGCUACACGUCCACGCUAGAGGUGAUGAAUGCCGUGACAAGCGCGGUCGACGCCCUCACAGCCAUACAGUCAAGCCGUGGGGGCACCGCUCCUACAGGACCAGGGACUGAGGCGACCAACAGGGGAGUGAGUUUACGUGAGAUGAUGCGGAGGGCUUCGUCAGCAGCCCGGGCAGUGAGUGGACUGGAUGUAAGGGAGGCAGAAGAGGGUGUGGCCAUCCCAACGCUGAGCUGGCCCCCAGACCCUCCGCCGAGUUAUGAGUCUGUCACCAGGCAAGAUAUAGACAGACCAAGUCUAAGUAGACAGUCUUCAAGUGGCCAGACCAGCGCUUUCCCUCCUGUCACUGAGUUUAGCACAAUCAACAUCCCACCUGUCAAGUUUGAUGAGAAAGAGCGCCCCAAUCAUGCAUUGCAGAUCCUCAAGUGUGUCUGUGAGUCUAUGGCUCUCAAACCACACCUGCGGGAUCUGCUCUCGGCUAAAAAUGCAGAAGGCUGCACUCCCUUCAUGCACGCAGUAAAGGGCCGAGCUUACAUGGCAGCAUUGACGCUUCUAGACAUAAUCAAGCGUGUAGCGACCCAGAAAGACGGCUCUGAGCUGGAUAAAGCUAUUAUGAUGAGCAUGCUGUACCCAACUGGCUCAAGUCUGGAUAACUCCCCGCUACAGGUGCUGUGUUGUAACGACACAUGUAGCUUCACCUGGACUGGAGCUGAGCAUAUCAAUCAGGACAUAUUUGAGUGUCGGACAUGUGGACUGACUGGUUCCCUGUGUUGCUGUACAGAGUGUGCUCGCGUCUGCCACAAGGGACACGACUGCAAAUUGAAGAGAACAUCUCCAACAGCUUACUGUGACUGUUGGGAGAAGUGUAAAUGUAAGGCCCUGAUUGCCGGACAGCAGGGACCGAGACUGGACCUCCUCAACAGGCUACUGGCUGAAACUGACCUUGUCACUCUGACCAAUAGCAGGGGUGAUAACAUGCUGCUGUUCCUGGUACAGACCGUGGGGCGUCAGAUUGUGGAACAGCGACAGUACCGACAUGGCCGCUCCUGUGUGUCCUCUGCUAUUCCCAAGAGGAAAGCUCCGAACAAUGACCUUGACAUGGAGAUGCCAGAACAUGACCUUGAGCCCCCACGGUUUAGUCGUCGUGCCCUAGAGCGGAUCCUGAAUGACUGGACGGCUGUGCGGUCCAUGUUACAGAGUGGGAUGAGACAGAAAAAGGGAGGUAACCCCGACAUGUACGAGGAACAGAUCUAUCUCGAGAGUCAAAGUGGGACGGCUCGACUUGACAAGUUCACGCACUGUCUCCUGGUCAAGUGUUCUAUUGAGAUGCUGGACACACUACUGACAACCCUGAUCCGUGAAAUGAAGAAUGAGGUGACUCCUGGGCGCAAGUUGGAAGCAAAGAUGGUGUCCCGUAGGUUUAUACGCUCGGUCGCUCGCAUAUUUGUUGUCCUCAAUGUUGAGAUGACCCCAAACUCGGGCAAAAAGAAAAGCAGCCCAGGGAUCUCAUCGUGCCAGCCCCUGGUAAAGUGUAAGCGGGUGUUCCAGGCACUCAUCAAUAUUGCUGUGGAGGAGUUAUGUGAGGUGGCCAACUCCCUCAUAGCCCCUGUAAGACUCGGGGCUGCCAGACCCACUGCUCCCUUCUCACUGGUGUCAGCUAACAUUGAGGCCGUGCAGGGGAGUGAGGAGAUAUUCAGUGUUGACCCGCUGCCACCCAAGUCCAGCUUUGUUGAGGAGACAUCCCAUUCUGUAUCCUAUGUAACACACCCGGUGCAGGACCGAGACAUUCCAGAGCGUGAGCGUGAUGACCAGGGUGACCGGGAGGAUGAGGAAAUACUCCCUGUUGAUAUGGACCUCGAGAAUGACCUUGUUGGUGGCAUUUUGAUGGUGAACCAAGAUGAGCAUCAGUCAGACAACGAGGAUCGCCAGUCAGAGAGAUCUGAGCAUGAUGCCCCAGCUCCUGAACACGAUGAUGUCGCUGAGUCAGAUAUGGACCUUGACCUUCUUGCAGAGUCUGAGAGCGACUCAGAGAGCAUGCACAGUAACCAGGACAAUGUCAGUGUACAGAGGAGUGCAGUUACCAUGGCAACUGCAGGAUCUGAUGCUGGUCUUGGCAGCCUGGCCCACUUCUCAGACUCUGGAGAGUCGUCAAACCAGGAGGAGGAUUAUGAGAGUGAUGGUGGGGACUCAGAGGAGCAGGAUGGAGAGGAGAUUGCCACCAUCGAUGAGCAGCUGGAACGGAGGACAAACACUGGGUCCCAGGGUCAGCGUACACUCCAGGCCCCCCAGAUGAUGCAGUGGGCGAUACGACAGCGGGACACCCCAAGCUCACGUAACCCACCUGCUAUACCAGUCACAUCCACCGCUAAUGCUACUGGUACUGUGUUUGGUGGUGGAGGCAGCAGCCUGAUCUACAUCGACCCCUCCAACCUCCGGCGGACCACAACGGUCACCUCGGCUGCCACUGUGACCCCUGAAGCUCCCAUCACCAUGGCAACAACAUGCAGCCAGCUGGCACGGGCUUUCGGCAUUGUGGUGCGACAGAUUGCCGACCUGCUAACAAUGUUACAAGAUUACCACGCCCUCGCACCCACGUUACCCAGGAUACUGGAUAUAUCGGACCAGGAGGCACUUGAUUUACAGCUGUAUCUGGAGUACCAACUGAAGCCCACCUGGGACUGGCUGAUCACCAUAAUGGACUCAACUGAGGCUCAGCUCCGCUUUGGUUCAUCCCUCAGUAACACGUCGGACCCUGCUAAUCCAGCUCAUCCUCUACACACAGGGCCAUCACGUUUAGGCAGAGAACGCACUGGCAGGGAGGAAACAAGGAUACUUCAGGUGGUCGAUUCCCGGCGCAGGAGAUUCGGAGCUAUAGGAAAUGAUGGGAACAGUGCCAGACGUGAUUUCCUCAACUACGCAUUGUCAUUGAUGCGGUCCCAUAAUAAUGAACAUUCAGACUCUCUACCUGUCAUUGAUAUUGCGUCCCUCCGUCAUGUGGCAUACGUGUUUGAUUCGUUGAUUUACUACAUGCGUAGCGGUACAGAUACGGACACGGACGUGCUGCGGGACGGUAUUUCUGUCAUCUCCUGGCAGGACCAGGAUGACAACGACGCUGAUGAUCAUGACGAUGACAUCAACAACACCAUGAUGAUGGACACAGAGAGUUUGGACGGGGAUGGAGAAAGUGGGGGGAAACAAGGUCGCAAACAUGCAUUUUUUCAGAGAACAGAUUCAACACUGUUUCUGGGAUGUCCGCCACCAGAUCCAUUUCAUACACCACUGAUGGAGGCUCUGCCCCUGGCGGACCAGCCACACCUGCUACAGCCAAACUCUCUUAGGGAGGACAUGUUUGGUGUUGCAAAACAGACAAUAGUUCCUGCCACAGCUAGCGAGUCAAAAGGCUCUGCAAGUGCUGAAAGUGGGCUGGACAAACUGCCGCUUCACUUGUCUCUCACUGGCAGGGGACCAGAGGUUCAGGCAGGCAUACAGCCUCUAGUGUCCACGUCAAAUAUAUCAUUUAGUUCAGUAUCAACUACUAGUUCAGUUUUGGAGACCCUGGCUAGCCAGGCUGUUUCCAGCACAGCUCCUGGUGUAAUUGUAAGACCUGGUGGACCUAGCCUGCCAAUGGCUUCAAUUACUGAUCCCAUGGGGCCAAUAUUUCCUAGAUUUUUUCCACCAUUAGACAGUCCAUCAAGAGAUCCAAGUUCACCUGAUGUUUCGACCAACCCUACUUCAACUAUACCUACUAUUUCAAGCUCCGGAAAGCGGCAUGUUACAACUGUCAGCAGUUUGACAUCUGGUUCCAUUAUAUCAGACAGAACAGAGAACCACCAGGCUAGCGUUAUUGUCCACUCAAGUACUGCCUUGUCAACUACUCUUCCUUCAGUUGCAAUCCUUCCAACUUCAAUGGAAAAUCCAACCAUGGAACAAGCCAAUUCUCCACUUUUCAACAUCAGUCAGACCGCUCCUAGCGACCUAAGGACCACACCUGUCAAUAUUCCAUUGACGUCAGAGUCAGUGAUUGCAACAGCAACGUCACCUGGACCCUCCACUACCUCUCUGACCUCUGUGACACUUAAUGUAGGUCAAUCCCAGGAAGAGGUCAUGGGGUCACCUGGUCUGGUUGCCAUUGGAACACCUGGGAGACAGCAGGCACACUCCCCAUCUGUCAUUGUACGAGAAUCUCCAAACAGAGCCAGACAGAUCCCAGGUUCAAGCCAAGCAGCUACCAGUAAUGCAGAAGCCAUGGAAACCAGCCUUGACCUAUCUACUAACAAUCUGUCAAGGGCAUUGACCGCUGACCUGCAGUUGCCUGGCAACCGAACUUCAACUGUUCCACUGCAAAUGAAUAUCUUUUCCUCAGAUCAGGCAACAUCUAGUUCUAACAUCCUGGGUCAAAUAUCUGUCCCCAGUGGCUUGGCAGCUUUGGUAGCUCAGAAUGAUCCUGUUUCCAUGACAACAGGAACUGGGGUUGCCAUGACAACACAACACUCAGCCGUUUCUCUACAGUCACAGACAUCCGGUUCAAGUGAUUUCACAGAAUACAGUGUUACAGGGGGAAGCUCCGUCAGACUAGGCUCAAGACCGGAAUCUCUUCAGAGCAGUUUAAUAGAAGACAGAGGUACAAUGUCACUAGGACUUAGUCUGUCAGACUCCUAUCCGAGCCAGCCUAGUAACCUUAACACAGAGUCACGUGGUUCACAGGCCGAGGGCAUUUCCUCGGGAAUCUCCAGCAGCUUGGGAAUGUCAAGUAGUUUAGAACUAGGUAGUUUGGAUUUGUCUCGUAUGGAAUCAAGAGGAGGACAUGUAAGGUCUACUUCCGGAACAUUGGACUCAGCUUCAAGCUUGUACCAGCCACAGGCUGGUGAAGGGUCAAUUCAGGGGCCGGAGUCCCAGGGUCAAGAGCAAGGAUCAAGCCUGGAUACAGAUGGUUCCCUGGACCUGAGCAAGUCUGCUGCAGCACUGUCCACACUACAGACUGUGCCGGUAACCAGUGCUGCCACCAGUAACAGUGCGUCUGAGACCCCAAUGGAUGUAGGGGCCAAUGAAAAUGUUUCCAGCACAGUUGUCAUAGAAACAUCACAUCAACCUACAACUUCGAGACCUCAACCACCAAGGUCAGAGAUGAUAUCCCAUGAUGCACUGCUUGGUCGCUGGCGCCUGGCCCUAGACCUGUUUGGGCGGGUUUUCUGUGAUGACGUGGGUAUCGAGCCAGGAUCAGUGAUCAGCGAACUAGGAGGGUUUCCUGUGAAAGAGAGCAAGUUCCGCCGUGAGAUGGAGAAGAUCAGGAACUCACAGCAGAAGGAUCUCAGCAUUGAGGUUGUAAGGUCAAGGAACCAGCUGAUAACACAGGCAUUCAAGCAGUUAAACGCCUACUUUAACAGACGGACAAACACGAGUGGCCCACCACUAGCGGUACACAGGGUCAAGGUCACGUUCACAGAUGAACCAGGAGAGGGCAGUGGGGUGGCACGCAGUUUCUACACAGCUAUAGCUAACGCUUUAUUAUCCCAAGAAAAGCUUCCACCGCUUGAUAGCAUCAUGGUUGGAGGAAAGAGUCUGCAAUAUAAUCUGAUCCAGCGUUUGCGUACCAGAGAGCGUGAGCGAGAACGAGAGAGAGAGCGCCAGCGCAGCACAGCCGCACAGAGGCGUAGCAGCCGAGAGCGUGACUCCCGUCGAACACUGUCCUACGAUGCAGCUCCGUUUUACAUGCCAUCUGACCCAAGUCCCAACUCCGUGAGCAACCCAGAGCCCCCUGUUGACGGGGGCAGUGAUACAAUGACCCAGUAUCGCAGACAGCUUGGGGAGAGGCUCUACCCACGUGUCAGGAACCUCCAGCCAUCGCUGGCCCCUAAGAUUACAGGUAUGCUGCUAGAGCUGUCCCCAGCUCAGCUGUUGGUCAUGUUGACGUCUGAGGAGACACUACGGCAACGUGUGGAUGAAGCUGUGGAUAUCUGUAUGUCCCAUAACAGAGAAUUAAGGGAACUUAAUGCUGAAGCCCUGCUUGAUCUCGACAUUUUCAAUCUGUCAUCUGGCAACAACAACACUAGUGUUGCUGGUGGAAGUGGUGGUGGUGCUAGUUCGAGCAAGAAAAAGAAGACAGCAUCACAGUCAGACCGACGCAGUGAUGAUGAUGAUGACGUUGAUGAUAAUGCACCACUGUUUUGGCAGCCAGGAAAAAGGGGUUACUAUACAGUGAGGCCGGGCAAGGGGUCACCGGAACGGCUGAAUGCUUUUAGGAAUGUAGGAAGAAUCCUAGGUCUAUGCCUGCUUCAGAAUGAGUUGUGUCCCCUGUUCCUGACUCGACAUGUUCUCAAGUACAUAUUGGGGCGGAAAGUGGGCUGGCACGACCUCGCGUUCUUUGACCCGGUAAUGUACGAGAGCCUACGUCAGCUGGUACUCGACUCGGAGACAAAGGAUGCCUCUCUCAUGUUUCAGGCCCUUGACAUGAACUUCUAUGUGGAACUGUGUGCUGAAGAGGGAGGUGAGCAGGUGGAAUUGAUGCGUGGCGGCACGUACGUGGAGGUCACAGCCCAGAACGUGCAUGAGUAUGUACGCAGAUAUGCCGAACACCGCAUGACAAAGGUCCCGGAGAAAGCCCUAAAGAGCCUGCGUAUGGGACUAUUUGAUGUGAUCCCAGCCAACUCUCUUGAAGGCCUUACAGCAGAAGAUCUGCGACUCUUACUGAACGGGGUGGGCAGCAUUAACGUACAGACACUCAUUAGUUACACCUCCUUCAAUGAUGAAAGUGGGGAGGGAAGUGAGAAAGUACAGAGGUUCAAGCGCUGGUUCUGGUCCGUUGUCGAGAAGAUGACCAACCAUGAACGACAAGAUCUCGUUUACUUUUGGACAUCUAGUCCCGCCCUGCCAGCCAGUGAGGAGGGUUUCCAGCCCAUGCCCAGCAUCACCAUACGGCCCGCGGACGACGACCACCUCCCGACAGCCAACACCUGCAUCUCCAGGCUCUAUAUUCCAAUAUACACUACUAAGCAGAUCAUCAAGACCAAACUACUGCUGGCUAUAAAGACAAAAGCAUUUGGAUUUGUUUAAUAAGUAGCUGCCAGAUAAGGACAGCAUGUUUUCAAGUUUUAAACCAUGGCUUUUGGUUACACAUGUGUGAUAUUGGGCAUUUUAAGAACUUUGUCAAAGUUAGGAGAUCUCUUCAAUAUAACAUAUAAGAAGGUGACUUGUGACUUUGUUCUGUUUGCAAAGGCAUUUUUAGUGAAGUCAUUGUUUGUGUUGUAUGUGUUUACUCCAUGAACUGGUUGCAAUCGGAGGGGAGAUAUCUGGGGUUAAAGAAUCAUAAAUAGAUGCAUACGGUCUCCGUUUCAUGUCGAUUCCAGUUAACAAUACACAUAGUUAUUAAAACUUUUCUCAGACAAUUUUUUUUAAUCUUUAUGUGAUUUAUAAAACUAACAGUCAAGCAAAGAUAUGAUUGUUUUUAGCCAGAAGAUCAGUGGUUGUUUCCUUUGAAAAGUUGGACAUAAAUGAAUGUUGGCAAUAUAAAGAGAAGUGGUGAUUGUUAGAUGUGCAUAGUUUGCUUAUUUCCCUGUAUGGCUGAUCAUGAUUGGAAUGUAAUGUGCUGAUAUUUGAUAAUGUAUUCCGAUCUUAGAUUGAAUACAAUUUGUAUCCAAGUCAUAUUUAUUGAUUUAUUUCAAGUUGACUACAACUUGCUGAAGAGCCUUCCAAUGGUUUAUGGUAACAUAAGGAUAUGUUGUAUAACUAUGCGGUGCUGUAGAAAACAUGACUCUAAAUCUCAUAAUAGGCAAUAGCCAAUCAUAGGCUCAUAAAAUUGUGUUGCCUUGUAUUAUUAAAUGAGAAAAGGAAUCAUUUUGCGAUAAUAAACAAUUCUUGCUUAAUGAUAAUUCAUUUAAGGUCAUGAAACUAGUUUAUACUUUUACUUGUAUCGCCAUUGCGAGGUGGUAGAGCUUAUAUGGAAUUCCCCUUACAUUUUUCACAUUCAGUUAACCCAAACCUUAUUUUAAAUACUUUAAUAAUAAUAAUAAGCAGAAACCAAAGUUCCAUAACAAGUUACAAUAAGGAAAGUUAAUCCUUGACAUGCAUGGUUUUUAUGUGUUGAACACAAGUUUGUGUCAUUCAGUAUGUACUGUUGGUAGGGCAUUGUGUCCUUUACAUUAUAUAUGUAAAAAUAUGUUUUCAAAUAUGAUUGUAUUAAUAAAUAAUUUAUAAAUGUGUAUAUGUGUUUAAUAAACAGUAUUUGAAAAAUGUAUCGCAAUAUAGGGAUACAUUUUACCUAAUAAUGUCAAAUUUAUUCAUUCAAUUUUUUGGCAUGCUUUACCUACAGUUUUAAAAAACAAGUCUACAGACAAGAUGUAAUGCCUUGUUAUAGUGCAUCAUAAACAACUGAGUUAUAACAUGUACUACAUAACAACAUCUACCUAUGUGACGUUUUGUUAAGUACCAGAAGUAAGGUUCUUUUUAUUCAGUUUUAUUCUAUUUGCUGCUUUUCAAGAGUGACACAUUUUAAAUUGUCAGCUAAUGUCAGAUGUAUAUGUACAUUAUUUCUCUAUAAUAUUUUACUGUAAUAAAACUGAUUUUCUUCCCCAUCAUUUAAUGUAUUGCCAGUUUUAAACUCGUUCCGAACCCACUGGAGAAUGUAACACAUACCAGGUGUAUGUAUUCAGGGGGAAUUUAUCACAUGCAGUGGUAGUUAUCCUAUAUUCUGUGUUUGUGUCUGAGAGGCCUGAAGAAAGGCAUGCAUUUUUGUAGUUACGUGCUUUUAUAAAUGUUGUAAUGAAUGUAUGCAGACAUUUUCCUUUUAGAUCGUUGUAGAAUAAAUGUGAAGGGAUUUGUUGAAUAUGAAUUUCAUCUUUGAUACAGAAUAAAGGUAUUGUCCUUUGAAA